AAGUAGUGCGCUGUAGUAAAUACACGGUUGUUUUGACAGCGUGCAGCACCGACAGAGAGGGAGAAAGAGAAAGAGAGAGAAGAGACAUGACGGUGGAGACAAGAGUCAGCGACAUGAGGGGAGCUGCCACAACAUGCAGACAGGACAGCCCUGGAGGACUGUGGGACUCUGUGAAGAAAGCUGCGGUUGUCAUCGGAUCUGGAAUCUUAUUCUUGGCUGCUUUCGGCAACUCACUGACAUGGCAUCUUCAGAGAUUCUGGGGAGCUUCAGGAGAUUUCUGGCAGAACUUGUGGACCUAUCUGCACGUGUCAUUUGAGGGUCAUCAUACUACUUUGUUCUACUUAGGUACGAUGUUGGUUCCCACUCUGGCAUUCGGGGUGACGAAUGGUCUGCUGCUGUUGGUGGACACCACUGGUAAACCCUCCUUCAUCACUCGCUACCGCAUCCAGGUGGACAAGAAUAACCCGGUGGAUCCAGUUAAGCUUCGCCACGUGCUGAAGACUAUCAUGUUCAACCAUAUGUUCAUCUCGGGGCCCAUGGUGGUGGUGGCUUACUACCUGAUGACCUCGAGAGGGGACCCCUGUGGCCCUGAGCUGCCCACUUUCCAGUGGGCCCUGAUGGAGCUGGCUGCCUUCUCCAUCAUGGAGGAAGUUAUUUUUUACUAUUCACACAGGCUGUUCCACCAGCCCAGCCUCUACAAGCGUUUCCACAAACAGCACCAUGAGUGGACCGCUCCCAUUGGCGUCGUCUGCAUCUACGCUCAUCCUCUGGAGCAUAUGAUCUCCAACAUGCUGCCGGUGGCGCUCGGGCCGGUGAUCCUGGGCUCCCACCUGGCCACCACCUGCAUGUGGUACUGCCUGGCUCUGAUCAGCACCACCAUCUCCCACUGUGGAUACCACCUCCCCUUCCUGCCCUCACCCGAGUUCCACGACUUCCACCACCUCAGGUUCACCCAGUGUUUCGGGGUCUUCGGCGUGCUGGAUCGGCUCCACGGCACCGACACCAAAUUUAGGCAGACCAAGCAAUAUGAACGCCACACUCUGCUCACCGGUCUCACCCCUAUGAAUGAGAGCAUCCCCGACACACCCAAGAAGGGUCAUUGAUGGCCUGUGACCCAUCUGACCUUUAACCUCAGGCCUUGCUACAAGUUUGGGAUCGUGAUAUGGGGACAUAAGGCUCCCAAUCAUAAAUGACUAUUAGAUUUGAAUUAUUUUAAUCCUGAAAACCUGUUGAUCAGUUUCAGACAGUGAAAGUCUGCGGCCACAAACCUCAUAUUUAAUUUUUCCAAGCAGAAAUGUUGCACUUUAUUAGAUAUGCAG